AUGGCGUCGCCCUUCACAGGCGGCCUGUCCGUCUGGGACGAGCGGCUCGUCUCCUCGCAACUCGCCGCGCUCUCGACGACAGCCUCACCCAGUCCGGCGCCUCCUGCUCCAGCGAACCAAGAGGCUAACUCUGCGGCUGUCUCGGAGAAACAAGGCGGAAAAGACAAGAAGAGUUCCGGUUUUGUGACCCUCUACGACGCGGUCGUCAACGGCGACAAAUGGCCGGCACCUCGGCCCUCUUCUCUGUCUCUGGAGGAAAAGUAUCAACUCUGUCUCUCCGUUGCUCAAGAAUGCAUCCAACCCGAGGAGCUCCGAUCGCUCCUCGAAAAGAAGCCUUUCCCUCUCUGCUACGACGGUUUCGAACCCAGCGGGCGCAUGCACGUCGCCCAGGGUCUGCUGAAGGUCACGAACGUCAACAAGCUGACCAAGGCAGGCUGCGUCUUUGUCUUCUGGGUCGCCGACUGGUUCGCGAUGCUCAACAACAAAAUGAACGGCGAUUUGAAGAAGAUCCAAAAAGUCGGCGAAUACUUCAUUGAGGUGUGGAAAGCCGCAGGCAUGGACAUGCAAAAUGUGCGGUUCCUCUGGGCGAGUGAAGAGAUCAACAGAAACUCUGACCAGUACUGGGUCCAGGUCAUGCAAAUUGCUAGAUCGUUCACAAUCACGAGGAUCAAGCGCUGCUCUCAGAUCAUGGGUCGCCAAGAAGGAGACGAACAGCCCGCCGCACAAAUCAUGUAUCCUUGCAUGCAGUGCGCGGAUAUUUUCUACCUGGGAGCGGAUAUCUGCCAGCUCGGCAUGGACCAACGGAAAGUGAACAUGCUCGCUCGCGAGUACUGCGACGAAAUUAAGAGGAAACUGAAGCCCAUCAUUCUGUCCCACCAGAUGCUUCCCGGUCUCCUGGAGGGCCAGGAGAAAAUGAGCAAAUCCAAUCCCGACUCGGCUAUCUUCAUGGAGGAUUCGGAAGUGGAAGUGAAUCGAAAAAUCAAGAAGGCAUUCUGUCCUCCGGGUGUCAUUGACGGAAACCCCUGUGCAGUUUAUGUGGAGAAGCUGAUUUUCCCUGCCUUCGGAGAGUUCGCAGUGAAACGAUCUGAAGCGAAUGGGGGCAAUGUGACGUACGCCACGGUUGACGAAUUCAGAAAUGCGUAUAUACACGGGGAGCUCCAUCCAGGAGAUCUGAAGGAAAGUCUGGCGCGUGAGCUCAAUCGACGACUGGAGCCUGUUCGCAAGCACUUUACUGAAAACGAACACGCAAAGCAACUGCUGCAACAAAUCAAAGCCUACAAAGUGACGAAAUAA